AUGACUGUUAAGAGGAGAAACCAUGGAAGAUCAAAGAAGAACAGAGGAAGUGUGAAGCCCAUUCAGUGCGACAAGUGUGGGCGUGUGACCCCCAAGGACAAGGCAAUCAAAAGAUUUAGGAUCCAGUCACUUAUCGAGCAGGCGUCAUUUGAUGAUCUGAAGGAAAAAACCAUUUACGAGGUGUUUGAAGUCCCAAGAAUGGGCUACAAGUCACAGUUUUGUGUGUCUUGUGCAUGCCAUGCCAAGAUCGUUAGAGUUCGCUCUUCUCAGGCAAGAAAGAUCAGGUAUGGAUUCAACCCGAACAAGGUAAGUUCUCAUAAUUAA